AUGGCGCUGUUGGUGUCAAGAAGCCAAGGAGUGUGCAUGUUUAAAAGCACACCAAUUCCGCCAUGGUUUUUAAAUCACCCUUCCAACCUGUAUGCCUAUGAAAGCAUGGAUAUUGAGUUUGAAUGUUCAGUCUCUGGAAAGCCUGUGCCCACUGUGAAUUGGAUGAAGAAUGGAGAUGUGGUCAUUCCUAGUGAUUAUUUUCAGAUAGUGGGAGGAAGCAACUUACGAAUCCUUGGAGUGGUGAAGUCAGACGAAGGCUUUUAUCAAUGUGUAGCUGAAAAUGAGGCUGGAAAUGCCCAGAGCAGUGCACAACUCAUUGUCCCUAAGCCUGCUAUCCCAAGCUCUAGUGUCCUCCCUUCUGCUCCCAGAGAUGUGGUCCCUGUGUUGGUUUCCAGUCGGUUUGUCCGUCUCAGCUGGCGCCCACCUGCAGAAGCAAAAGGGAACAUUCAAACCUUCACGGUCUUUUUCUCCAGAGAAGGUGACAACAG